GCCGGGGCGUUGCUCCCUCCCCGGCCCCGCUUCCCCAUGCCGGGGGUCCGCCGGCCUCCCCUUGCUGCGGGCCGGGCCGGCGCGGAGGAGGAGGCGGCGGGGGCGGGCGCAGGGCGAGAAGGGCCGGCCCAGGGACGCGCUACGUGUCGCCGGAGCCCUUAUAGCCCCGGCCCGCCGCGGCCCGGCCCCGCCGCCGCCCGUCACCACCAUGUCGAGCCGACAGCAGACGGAAUCAACCAAUGUGGUUUACCAAGCCCACCAUGUCAGCAGGAGUAAGAGAGGACAAGUUGUCGGUACCAGGGGUGGAUUUCGAGGCUGCACCGUUUGGCUGACAGGCCUUUCUGGAGCUGGCAAGACAACCAUUGGCUUUGCUCUGGAGGAGUACUUGGUCUCUCAUGGCAUCCCUUGCUAUUCCCUGGAUGGUGAUAAUGUUCGGCAUGGCUUGAAUAAAAACCUGGGUUUCUCACCUGAGGACCGCGAGGAGAACAUCCGCCGCAUUGCAGAGGUGGCCAGGCUGUUUGCUGAUGCUGGGCUCGUCUGCAUAACUAGUUUCAUUUCUCCUUUUGCGAAGGAUCGUCAAAACGCACGGAAAAUUCAUGAGGCAGCUGGACUUCCUUUCUUUGAAAUCUUUGUAGAUGCUCCUCUAAAUAUUUGUGAAAGUAGAGAUGUGAAGGGUCUGUACAAAAAGGCAAGAGCUGGAGAGAUCAAAGGAUUCACGGGGAUUGACUCAGAGUAUGAGAAGCCUGAAUCUCCUGAACUAGUGUUGAAAACGAACGUUGCGUCAGUGUCUGAAUGUAUUCAGCAGGUUGUGGAGCUCCUCCAAACACAAAACAUUGUGCCCCAUAGCUUGAUUAAGGAUGUUCUUGAGCUGUUUGUACCUGAAAAUAAACUCGAUAGCGUCCGAGCUGAAGCAGAGAUGCUGCCAUUUGUCGAGAUCACUAAGCUGGAUCUGCAGUGGGUGCAGGUGCUGAGCGAAGGCUGGGCCACUCCGCUGACCGGCUUCAUGCGCGAGGCAGAGUACUUGCAAGUGAUCCAUUUUGGCACCCUGCUGAAUGAUGGCGUGGUCAACCUGAGCAUCCCCAUCGUGCUGCCGAUCUCCACAGAGGACAAGGAGCGGCUGGAGGGCUGCGAGAUGCUGGCGCUCAGCUACGCAGGGCGGAGGGUGGCGGUCCUGAAGAACCCCGAGUACUUUGCGCACAGGAAGGAGGAGCGCUGCGCCCGCAUCUGGGGCACCACCUGCGCGAAGCACCCACACGUCAAGAUGGUGAUGGAGAGCGGAGACUGGCUGGUUGGUGGAGACCUCCUCGUGCUGGAGAAGAUCAAAUGGAAUGAUGGGCUGGACCAGUACCGCCUGACACCACUCGCUCUCAAGCAGAAGUUCAGAGAAAUGAAUGCUGAUGCUGUCUUUGCAUUUCAGUUGCGCAACCCCGUCCACAACGGGCACGCCCUGCUCAUGCAGGACACGCGGCGCCAGCUUUUGGAGAGGGGUUACAAAAACCCUGUGCUUCUCCUGCACCCCCUGGGAGGAUGGACCAAAGAUGAUGAUGUCCCACUGGAGUGGCGGAUGAAGCAGCACGCAGCAGUGCUGGAGGAGCAAGUCCUGGACCCCAAGUCAACCAUUGUUGCCAUCUUCCCCUCUCCCAUGCUCUAUGCUGGCCCCACAGAGGUGCAGUGGCACUGCCGAGCUCGCAUGAUUGCUGGGGCCAAUUUCUACAUCGUGGGGCGUGACCCUGCAGGCAUGCCUCACCCUGAGACCAAGAAGGACCUCUACGAGCCCACGCAAGGAGGGAAGGUCCUCAGCAUGGCACCGGGCCUGACCUCAGUGGAAAUCAUCCCCUUCCGGGUGGCUGCUUACAAUAAACUGAAAAAGGCCAUGGAUUUUUAUGACCCAAAAAGGCAUGACGAUUUUGACUUCAUCUCAGGAACACGCAUGAGGAAGCUUGCUCGCGAAGGUGAAAACCCACCAGACGGCUUCAUGGCCCCCAAAGCGUGGAAAGUCCUAACUGAGUACUACCAGUCGCUGGAAAAAAAGAAUUAACACUACUUCUCCUCCCUAGAAAUACUUGUAUUAAGGAUGAGCGAUGAUUGAUUGAUUCCCUAUGACACAGAUCAGUUACUUGGCAUUUCCAAUGCUCUGACUGGAGGAUUUUCCUACCUGGGUCAGAGUGUUUUUUACUAAUCAGAAAUACUUUGAGCCUGGUCCUUCUCCCCUUGAAGCUGCCAGGAGUGUCCCUGUGGAGCUGGAAGGGGAGGGCAGCAGGCCCUUCGUUCCCAGCUCAGCACAGCCUCUGGACGGGCCACUCGGAUCGUUUUGGUGCCGCCAGAGCUGCGCACUGGCCCCUGGUGUAGAGCUGGGGCCUCGGCACCACGAUAAAAGCGCAUCUGUCCCCUGCGUAGAGCAGAAGUGAAGAAGAGCCCUUCCGCCACCCCUUGCCCAGUGCUGCCCGACGCGGCAGGAGCAGCGGCUGAAGCGAGGAGCAGUUGCUGCUGUCGGGGUGGGAGAGGGAAACGGGCACUCGAUGCUCAGAUCCAGUCGCUGCCCUCCAGGCUGUGCCUUAGACAAUUUUUGCUAAUAAACAGCGGGAUUUUUUUAAUGCCCUUUUUUUAACGGGAUUUUUUUUAAUCAAUCCCCUUGCCCAGUGCCAGUUCCUUGAGGCUGAGAUGAUUGCUCAGUGUUCUUCCUUGCUUCCUGCUGCUUGACCUCUCCAGUCAAAACAAAACCUGGGCUGAGCGUUACUUGUGCUCUGAAUUCAGCUUUCUGUGGGGACUCUGCGUGGCCAUCUAGGUGCUCACAGCCUGGUUAGCCCGGGGCGGGAAAGCUGUCCUGGGAGGCACCAUAAAGCCCAGGAGAUCUCUGAGAAAGCUCAGGGCAGCAAGCAAAAAUUGGGGAUGCUGUUUACAUGCUUUUGUGGGUACCCUCCCACCUGGCAGGAUCAGAUCCCCCUUUCCUCUGCCUGCCCUCCUCCCAUCCAAAAGGCAAAUUAAAGGCAAUAGAGCCAAAUCACAGCAUGGGGUGGGUCUGAGCAGCUGUACCCGCUGACCCAGGCGAGAGGUGACUCAAGCGCUUGCCCUCAACCUGAACCCGCCUGGGUACAGGUGACCUGAUUUUACUUUGUGUCUGAGGGAUGGUGACACUGGCUCCAGCCAGGGGACAGCCAGAGGAUGGCAGGGAAUUCCCUGGGUCCCCCCAAGCCGCGUGGGGUGCUGCCGUGCGAGGGGUGGUGGAGGCUGGUGCUGCUCCCAGCUCUGGCUGGUGGAAAGUUACCGCAGACCGUGUCUUCUUCCCCGCCCUGACACAGACCUUGCGGCUGUGUGUGAGGCUUUUCUGCCGGUGACCUCUGAUGGGGCUGAGCAGCGUGACCCAGUGCUGAAGCUUUGCCUGGCCCCCUACGCCUCUUGGCCCGCUCUCGUCCUGCCGGGACCAGCGCAUGUCUCGGUGGCGGCUGAGGUUAGAAUGCAGUCCCUGCACGGCCCCUCAGCCGCCCGCCUGCCCCUGCCUCAGCACCCUGCCUCAGCACCCUGCCUGCCGUCAGCGGAGGCUUCCCCGGGGAAGGGCUGACCCUGGCCACUGCGCUCAGGUGGGGGGGUUGUGGCGGAAGGCAGCAAUGCACUUAGUUAUUGCAGCAACCUGAAUUGAUGAUUUUUAUACUCGUCCUUUUUUAGUAGGCACCCCAGGACUGGCCAGAAUGUGUUUCAAAUGAAAUGGAAAUAGCAUUCUCCUCUUACUGUGCUUCAGUUUUAAUUACAAAUGGAUCUAUGCUAAGUAAAAACAAUCACGCUUCCGCUUGUAACUUAGGAUAGUGAGCUACAUCGCAAGCUAAAACCUGUUUUGCUGUGGCCGUUGGUCAGGGUCCAAGACUUUGUGUGCAAUUGAGAAUAUUUUUGAAAAAGUUUUUUUUUAAUUUGUCAGCUUGGGGUGGGGGGUGUUGUAAUUUUUUUUUUAAGUAUUCUGAGCAAAUCGCCCAAAGCUGUGUUAUGCCUCAAGAAAAAUGCUGCAAGACCCGUGUUGGCAGCUGAGAGCGCUCUAGCACCCGUGCCUUUUACACUUGGGCCCUCUGGUAGGGACCUGGAAGACACAGGCAAUACUGCCAUUUAUGAUUGCAAUAUCUGUCAUUUUAAAAUAGUGAAAUAGUGCUGUUGCCACUCAUCUUAAAAUAAUCAAACUGUUUCAAAAAAACUCAAAACCCACAGUAAAUCCAAAUGGUUACAGCAAAACACAGAUGUUGUAUUAUGCUUUUAAAAUAGCAUAGUGUACUGAUUACCUCUGAUUAAAAUAGAGUAUGUGGACUAGGUUGCUGCUUUUUUUUAAAUAGUGUAUUUAUUAAAGACAUGAGACUGGAAUUUGUACCUCAACUGAUGCAUCUCCUGAUUUAAUAUAUUCUGAAAUUGAUACUCUGCUAUAGAACACUCACUUUUAGUACAAAUAAAUAUUUAUAUGUGUAA